GAAUGUGCGGCUGCGGCAUCUUGACAGACUUUCAAAAUAUCUUACCUCUACUUUUAGAUGAAGCUUUGGUAUUUUAUGAUUUCCAUAUCUCUUCGUGUUAUGCACGUGAGUAUCUCACAGAUGAUUCCUUGAGAUCGCGUAGCUGAGGUCUAUUGAAUAUGUGGAGACCUCCAUCUUCUUCCAUACCGAGCGCGCAAACGUUCGCUUCAGCGCCUCCGGCAAAUCAGCAACACAUCCAUCCCAGAUUUCAGACACACUUACGACAACCAGCUAUCAGACAGAGUCCAGUAACCAACCCUGGUGUAGUAGCACCUGUACGGCAUUUGGGUUCUCCUCCCAGAUUACAUGGUCCAUUUCACCCAGCAAUAGCUGGUAUCAAUCCACCAAGGAGUAUUAUACAACCCUCAAUAGCACCUGCUCCAAACUCUUCCUUACCUUUACAGCAGCCCUCUCCGAUGAUUUCAGCCAGAGGAAUGACUGUGACCCAACUCCAGCCACAUAGACCCACGACUUUGCCCUCACCUGUUACAGUUCCAUCUCCAGCCAUACCAUCUUCACCUUUCAAGGGCCCUUCAUGGCAAGUGAGGAGCCCCCAACCAACUGGACUAAAUUUAAACCAGCCACCUUCUUUUAUAGUAUCUACUCCUCCUUCUGUCAACAGAAUCACACCUUCAACCCAGCAGGUGUUUGUGUCUUCUCCUACAGUUCCUCAAAGAGGCACCCCACUUCCAAUACAGCAUUUACCUGUGAAUUUUGCUUAUUCUCCUCCAGUAACAAAUCCUCCAUCUCCAAUGCAGGGAUUUCUUCAGUCAUCUACUUCAACUUCUUUUAACAAAGUUGCUGGCCCAAUCCAUCAGCCAUUAACAUCUCCAUCAGUCCCUAUAAUGAGAGGGGUCCAAGCUCCUCCAUCUUCAGUAUUCAGUAGUCCACUUUUGCAGAUGAAGCACCCACAGCCAACCUUUAGACCUCCAGUUCUGACAUCAUACCCUAGACCAUACACAUCUUCAGUGUCAGCUGUGCCCAGAGGGAUGCUGCCUAGGCCCAGGGGGAUGUCAUCUGUGUCCAGAGGGAUGCCAUCUACAGAGGGAGUUCUACAUCAAGGACUGCAGUCAUCACCUUUGAUCAGUUCAGCUUGGCAGGCUAGAAAUCCUCAAUCUGUUCCAAGCUUUAACCUAAGGCUUUCUUUUGCAGCAGGCUUUGACAGACACUUGCCUGAGCCACACUGGAGCAAUGCAGUGCCCAAUAUUCAACACUUUAUUUGUAGAGAAAACUCAGUUCCUUCUCAUUUUGGAAAAAGAAGUAUUCAUAGUAAAAAUGAGAACCAGUCCUCUGAAAUGCAACAGCCCAUUCCUAGCAAAAAGAGAAAUUCUGAAUUCAGUCCUGAUGGUAGACCUCUUUAUCGAAGGACAGGUUCUUACAGAGAUGGACAAAGGGGAAGAGAGCCUGGAAAAAGAAGGAGCUAUAUUCCAGGUGCAGGUGGCAGAGGUAGUCCUCGAGUUGAUCGUUGUUAUUCUCCACCACCCCCAGAUAUUGAGAGAGUGAUAACAUAUCUGGUAACAGAAGAUUUUUACAUUAAAAAGCAGAGUAAUGAGGGAGAUAUUUCUAUUGUUCAGGGAACAGAAAAGCUUAGUGAACUUCAGAACAAAUUUCAUAAGGAAAUAGUUAAUAUGACAGCUGUGAUUGGUGAUGAUGAUGAGGAGAGUGUUGACAGUGAGCAAAGUAACCACACUGAAACAGAUGUUGGUGAUGUAGAGUUGCUGAUGGACUGUGAAGCCAAUGACAGCUCUUCUAAAUCAUGGAUCAGAAUAGGGUCAGGUGUCAGUAAUUCUACAGAAUUCCUCAGUGAUGAGGAAUCUAACAUUGAUGAAGAUGAUAGUGAGAUUGGGAGCAAAAGGUUGGGGAGCAGCAGCUCUGAAUCAGAUGACAGUGAUGAUAAUGAGGAUGACGAGGAAAGUGGGAGCUUUGAUAAUGACAAGAACUUGCAUGAACAAGACCCCAAAGGUUCUUUUGUGGCAGAGACCAGGAAGAGAAAGAUAGAAGAUCCUUGUCGCCUUCAUCCAGAACUUUGGUUCAAUGAAAAAGGAGAGACAAAUGAUGGUCCAGUCUGCCGAUGUAGUUUAAGUGACAGGCAGCAUGGAAUCCGUCAUGGUAUCUACCCUGGUGAAACUGUCAUUCCAGCCUGCGACCCUUUAACAAACAAUGCAGACAAGUUGGACCAUUAUUGGGUGACUGUUACACCACACACCAACUUCAUGACAGAGAAUCCAAGUGUCAUCCAGUUUGAUGGAAAGGAUUACACAUUUGAGGGGUUUUCAUUGUUUUCCCAUCAGCCACUUAAAGAUAUACCAAGUUGUUCUGUGAUAAGAUUCAACAUUGAAUACACUCUUCAUUUCAUCAGUCAACCAGUUCCAGAGAAUUUUUGUGUCAGAGAUCUAGACUUGUUUACAGAGUUUUUCUUCUACAAAGUGCUUGAACUGGCAGAUUGGGACAUAAAUGGAAAUAUUCAAGAUUCCUGUCAGAGAUUUCACUUUAUGCCAAGAUUUGUUCACAGAUCUUCAAAUGAGAAUAAAUCAGCUGCAAACCAUGAACUUCUUCCAAUGAGCCAUGUGUUGUCCCAUAUUUUAGACUCUGCUGAACCUCUUGUUCAGCCAAGUGAUUUUGCCCUUAAUGCUGACAAAUUGGGGGAAUAUUCAAAGUUAUGUGUAAAUUCUCUUGUCAUGAACCCAAACAAGAAACCAGCAGCCAUCAGAGUUGACGACCUACAAUUUCAUACAGAUGAUAAGCGAUUGACCAAACGCAAGAUGUAUCCUUACAUUGUGCACCACGGUAUCAGGCCAGUGCAGAUGAGUUUUGCUGGAGAUCCUAGGUAUCAAAAGCUAUACAAGUCAUACGUCAAGUUAAGAACCCUGAUAUCAAACACGCCAGUUCCGAGUCGAAAGGACCAAGAUAAGCUUGUCAAACUCAAGACUGACUUGGAGCAUAUGCGCGUAAAAAGCGCUAUGCGCCGUGAUAUAUUAGCAGAAGUCAGCAGCAAAGGAAUGAUCAAAACUGGCCUCAAGUCUGAUAUCUGCCAGCAUGCUCUACUCCUUCCUGUACUCGUACACCAUGUACGCUAUCACAUGUGUCUGAAAACGCUGGACGAGAAGAUGGGGUACAUAUUCAAAGACCGAUCUUUAUUACAGCUUGCCCUGACUCACCCUUCCUAUCACCUCAACUUUGGUAUGAACCCAGACCACGCGCGUAACUCAUUAUCAAACUGUGGAGUGAAGCAACCGAGAUACGGCGACAGAAAAAUACGACAUCUGCACACGCGCAAGAAAGGUAUUACCCAGCUGAUACGUGUCAUGUCUAACCUCGGCAAGAUGGAGGAACACCAGUCUAUGAUACGACAUAACGAGAGGCUUGAAUUCCUUGGAGAUGCUGUUCUGGAGUUGAUUAGCAGUGUUCACCUAUAUUUUAUGUUUCCGUCAAAGCCUGAAGGAGGUUUAGCCAUGUACCGCUCAGCUUUAGUGCAAAACAAACAUCUGGCACAACUCGCCAAGAAACUGGGUUUGUCCGACUACAUGCAGUUUUCGCACGGUCCUGAUUUGUGCGUGGAAGAAGAUCUCAAUCAUGCCAUGGCAAACUGCUUUGAAGCCCUCCUUGGGGCUAUGUAUUUGGAGAGUGGUUUAACAUCAACUAAGGUUCUGUUCACAAACGUGGCCUUUGAAGAACAGGAACUCAGAGAUGUCUGGACAAACUUGCCUAAGCAUCCUUUACAGGCUCAACAACCAGACGGUGAUAGACACUUGAUAGCGUCAUCCCCGAUUCUUCAGAAACUGGAGGAGUUUGAGAAAGCAAGUGGAAUUGAGUUUAACCACAUUCGGUUGCUGGCGCGUGCCUUUACCCAUCCACAAGUCGGUUUCAAUAAUCUCACACUUGGCAGCAACCAGCGUAUGGAAUUCUUGGGUGACUCUGUUUUGCAGUUCGUCGUGUCUGUGUAUCUCUUCAAGCACUUCCCUGAACACCACGAGGGACAUCUAACGUUGCUACGCAGCUCUCUCGUCAAUCAUCGAAUACAAGCAGCGAUCGCGCGUGAGCUGGGACUGGACAAGCUGAUAAACUUUGGAAACCAGGGAAUGAAGUCUUUUCGGGAGAAGCUUCUUGCAGAUAUACUGGAAGCUUUUGUUGCUGCCCUGUACGUGGAUAAAGGUUUAAGAUACGUGGAAACGUUUUGCUAUGUCUGUCUCUUCCCACGGCUCGAGGAGUCUAUCAUUAAUCAAGACUGGAUGGAUGCCAAAUCACAGUUGCAGCAGUGUUGUCUGACUUCUCGCGAGCUAGGAAAAACACCUGAUCUUCCACAAUACAAAGUUUUACAGAACAAGGGUCCUGCUCAUCAUAAACGUUAUACAGUUGCUGUUUACUACAAAGGAAGAAGAAUGGGUUCUGGCGAAGGCAAGAGUAUUCAACAAGCAGAAAUGGCGGCAGCAAAAGAUGCUUUGACAUCUCACUAUUUCCCGGAGCUGGCGAGACAGAAACGUCUUCUUGACCGAAAACAUCAGGGGAGACGGCGAAAUUACUGGAACAAAGUACCGCGGAAAGAAUCUGAUGAGAAAGACGAUCGGGUGGAGGUAGAAGUUGUACCUCGCUGGGAAGAAAAGGAAACUAUCGAAAAGGACGACAACUCAGACGUAACACAAGACGAAUGUCAGCCACAAGAAGAGUAAAAAGACAUUUCUGUGGAAACGCUAACUGUAUUGUCAAUGGUAGGGGUGGGGGUGUGGUGUGACCAUUAGGAAUCAUAAUUAAGUUAGUCAAGGAUGCUGAACGAAACCCAAAACGAUUCAUGUAAGGGGAAAAUUGCGUGGAAACCUCCAUAGAAAGUAACAUAGUUAGCCAGAGAAAAUCAUUGGAUUCUCUUCUAAACGUUGUCCUCUGGAUGAAAAUUGCUUGCUAAAGACCUUGCGAAAAAUACUCCCUUCGUAGAAAAUUGGAACAAACUUGCGUAUUGGUACAACUUGAGAAAUUCGAAAAUCCUCCUUCUUUUGUCCUAUCCUUCCCCAUCUGAGUUUUACUCAUGAUGAGUUGACUCUGCUUUUAUUUAUAUUAGUUACCCAAGGAAGACUUUUGGAGUAAUCUAUCAUCUCUUCUCGUCGCUAUAUUCCUAUUAAUUCAGAGUUAAAUAUUUCAAAACAGUUCAAAAUUAUAAUAUGAACGUAUUUAAAGUUUUAACCAACUUAUAGUGAAGGAAAUAUUCCAUGUGAAAUUAUUUGAGAUGUAAAGUUUAUUAAUCGUGGAAAAGCUCUUUUAUAUGUAAGUAUGCACUUCAAGCGAAAUACUUUUAUUACUUUUAUAGAGAAAAAAUUAUAAUAAUGGACAAAUGCUUCAAUAAAAGGUGCUUUAAGACACUCGAAGAAAAUGA